AUGGCAGAAGAAGAUGAUAGUAUUUAAAUAUUGUUAAUUAGAUAUUAUUGCAUUUGAGGAAGAUGAUGAAAAUUAAGCUCCAAAGGUUUAAACGAAAAUAUCUACUAGAUUUAAACAUAAAUAAGUGAGAUAAUAAGAAAUAAACAAUGAAUAAGCUUAAGAGGUAAAUGAAGAUGGACCUGUAAUUAACUUUACUAAAUUAUUCAAAACAAAUAAAGAAGCAGGAACUGUGUAAGGAUUGAAAGUUGAUCAAACAUAUGUAAAUCCAAUGGCUAAAUCUUUAUUUCUUAAUCCUGAUGAUAAAUAAGAUGAUGAUGAUGAUGACCCUGGUGUAUUAAAAUUAGAAGAUCCUGAAGAUCCUUAACCUCCAUUAGAAGGGGAUGUAUUUAUUAAAUCAAAAUCAAAUCGUUCUUAAAAAAGCACUCCUAAGAAUAAUGAAAGUAUUAUGGAUGUUAUACAAAAAUAUGAUGGAAAAAAUAUGGAAAAUAGUCUAGAAUUCUCUGUACAUCCAAUUGGAAAAGGAACUACAGAAUAAUUCCCUGCUAGUUAAGAGAAUAGAGAGGAAUUAAUUGAUACAAUAUUCAGUUAAUAACUAAAAAUAGGAAUCCAAUCUAUUGAUCCUUAAACUGACUUUUAUGGAAUUUCUAUGUUUUCAUAAAAAGGUAGUUUAUUUUAAAAUGCACUCAAAAUGUCCUUAAAACGAGCUUUCAUGACUCCUAUUCUACCAUUUAUUAUAAUCAUUACUAUACUUGAUUAUACAAUGACGUCAGUUAAUGUAAUUUUCUAUCAUUAUUUAUUAAGCAAUUUUAAUUCUUUAUUAUUUAUAUUCUGAUACUUGCAACAUUACCUACCAUUUUAUGGUAUAAAGUAUACAAAUAGGAAUUAGAAUUAGAAUUCAAAUUUGAUAGAUCAUUAAUAUCAGUAUUUGAUUUUGUAUAAAAACGAUUUACUACAAGAACUAUUAUUAGAUUAUUCCCUGGAUGCAUAGUAUAACUUAAAAAAGGUGAAAGAGUACCUGCUCCUAUGAUUAUUUUAAGUGCCGAUGGUUAAGAACAUGCUUAAGUUAAUUUUGGAGAUGAUAUUAAAACAUUUAAAGUGGCUGCUCCCAAAUUGCAAGAACCUGAUCUUACUUAUAUUGAUGGACAAUUAGAAUUCAAUUAAUUACCUAUAUUCUCUGAAAAUACUAAAGCUAGAUUAAGAUUAGAUCUAGUCGAACCUAUUGAUGUUCAAUUAAAUUAAGAAUAAUUAGUUAAUGAAAAUGGAAUUGUAGAAUCAUCUUAAUUAAUUGGUGUUUUACUUCAUUCUUCUUCACACCAAAAGUAUUUAAGAGAAGCCUUAUCAUUCAAUUUACCAUUAUAUUUAAAUCCUUUAAAUUCAGAAUUUUUUAGUAUUGGAAUAGCCAUCAUAUUAGCUAUCACAUUCUCAAUUGCAGGAUCUAUUUGGAUUAGUAAUAAUAAAGAUAAACACCUUUAUAUCAGAGAAUAGAACAAUUAUAAUUUUAUAUCUUUAUUAAUUGAUAGAUUAAUAAUCUUUAGCAACAUUGUCCCUAUAUUUGUAGAAGUCUUUAGACCUAUAUUUUUAUUGUUAGCAAGAUAAAAAGUUAAUGGUGAUAUUGGAAUGGAUCCUUAAAGAUCUGGAUUAUUAACUAAAUUAAAUAGUUAUGUUGCCUUAGAUAAUCUAGCAAAUACUAAAUUUAUUAAUUAUGGUCAAGUUCUUAAUGAAUCAAAAUUAAGAGUGGGCAAAGCUACUUUAUUAGGAGGACCAUAAGGAGAUAAAAAAGAUAAUGAAAAAAAAGAUGAUGAUAUUAAAUUACAAGGAUAUGAACCUAAACCAAAUAAGGAAAUUAUGGAUGAUCAAAUAUAGGUUAAUUAAUCUACUGCUUUUGAAUAAAUUGAUUUAGAUUAUGAUGCAUAAUGUGAUGAUAAAGAAAGAAGUACUUUUCUAUUUGAAAGAGCAUUAUUAACACUUCCAUUUAAAACUUUGAAUCCCAUCUAAUUAGCUAUCCAAAAAUAUUGUCAAUUAGGUGAGUGUGUACAAUUUUCAUACGAUGAUAACCAAAGAAGUAUAUUACUACCAAAAGAAAUAUUAAGAACAUACUAAAUAAAGUUGAUUGUACAUACUGAACAAUGGGAUGCUUAUUUGUAUGAAAUGCCAUUAUUAGAAGAAAAGGAUUUAGAAUCAGAUGAAGAAGAAGCAUCAGAUUUACAAUAAUUACAAGAUAGAAUAAAAAAGGAUAGAGAACUCUUUGAAAAGAUGAAUAGCAAAAGUUAUAUUUGGGUAUUAUAGGCAGAUAUCGAAAGUACUUUAUGUAAGGAGCAUCCUCAAUUAUCAUAAUUUAUGUAAGGAAAAGCUAUUUUUGAGUAUACCUUUUAAGAGUCAGAAUUUUAAAGAUUAUAGAAAUAGUUAGGAUCAUCAGCAUUUAAAAGGAAGUAUAUUCAAUUACCUCCUUUUGCAGAGGAAUAACUAAUGACUCAAAUAAAACCUUGUGGAGUGUUUUAAUUUUAAACAGUUGCCCAUCACAAUUUUCAUUUACUUUUAGAUAUGAAUUUAGCUAUAAUCAGAUAAUGGCUUUUCAUAAAAGAUAUAGAAAGGGAUCAAACACUAUAAUAUUUGAAAUAGUAUAUGGAAUGUGUAGAAUUUACAAAGGAUGAUUUACAAAAUGAAAUGACUAGUGUUAAAAGUCAAGCAGUCCCAUUAUUAAAAUAAUCAACAAGAGAAUUCAAGGUUUUUGAUAAUUUAUAUAAGAUAGAUGAUAAAUUCAUCACAUUGAUAAUUAAUCAAGAUGUAUUAGAUUAAGCAUUAUCAGAUGGAUAAUUAAGAACUUAAUUUUAUGAAGUAAUUAUGAUAGCAUCCUUUGUUGUCUUUCAUGAUCUUAAUAAAGCAUAGAUUGAUUAACUGAUAACCUUUUAAAAAGAUUAAUCAAAAACUCAAGCAAUUGUUUCUGUUGGUAUCCAUGAUUAAGAUUUAUGCUUAUGUAAAAUAAACACAAUUAGAGCAAGUGUAUAAUCUUAAACUGUUAAGAAUCCAUCAUUAUUUUCAGCCAUGAGUCAUAUUGAAUUGGUUAAUUUAGAUGGAUUAUCUAAACUUAUUUUGACUCAUUCUAGAUAAACACAUGUCAGAACAGCUGGAUUCUUAUUAUUUAUACUUUAUAAAGGCUUCCUAAUUACUAUGUGUGAAUUCUUCUUUUCAUUUUUUAAUGGUUACUCUAGUACACAACUUUUCACUACUAGUUUCCAUUUUAUGUUUUAAACAUAUUUCACACCACUCUAUGGAUUUCUAAUCUUUUCAUUUUAUUCAGAUGUUAAUCAUCGUGUUAUUAGAAUCUUUGCUAGUGAAUUCAUCAAAUGCUAAAGAGAUUACUUUUUCAACAAAAAGAAAUUGUUCCUCAUCUUCUUUGACUCUGUCUAUCAAGGUUUUAUUAUUUUCUAUUUACCUGCUACUGUAAAAUAAUUAUAAUCUAUUUUUAGAUAUUAUAAUAUGCUAAUAACCAAGAAGGCAUUAUCGAAGGAUUUUAUUAUAUUUCUCUUGUCUCUUAUUUGACUGUCCUUUUGACUACUCAAAUGCAACCAAUUCUCUAUUUAAGCACUUUAUCUAAAGAAUAAAUGUAAAAUAAUUUCUACUAAAUAUAGAGUUGUCAUCAUGUUUAACAUUACAUUAUGCGUAUUGAUAUUAUUUACAACCUGUUCAUCUGAGUCUUGGAGUACAAGCAUUCCAUAAUAUACUCAUCAUUUAGAAUCAAUUUUAGACAGUGUAAAGAGUGUCUUUAUAAUCAUUUUCCUAUCUUGCAUUUCUUUGACUCCUACUAUCAUUCUUUAACAAUUUGAGACAGUUUCUGAUUCAUAAUUAAUUAGAAUGAUUCAUUAUUAUGAGGAGAAAGAAGAUAUUGAAGAAGAAGCAAAGCAAAAACCUUAAGAGCAAAAGUAAAUAUAAAUAUUAGAUACCAAAUAAUUAUAAAGUAAAGGGUUAGAAUAAUCAAUAAUGAUAGAAUAAACUAGUUAAGAUUAAAUUAAUAUGUCAUAGGACCAUUUAAUACAAAAAUGA